AUAUCAGCGGUUUAAAAGUGCUAGCGAGAUUGUCCGACUGUCACGUUUACACAACACGGAACGCAAAAAAUCAAUUUCGCGCACCUACCGAGUGGGGUUUGUGUUUGAGACCAUCCGGAGUGGACACCGAAGACGAGAGCCCCGGAAUCAGGUGCCUCGCCUGCGAUUCCGAAAGGGCGCGGACGUGUUGGCUUACAGCUAUGAGGCUGGCAAAGUAUGGCAAGCAGAUACGUGAAAACUACAGGGCCUUUAAGAAUAAGCAAGCGGAGACCAUCAAUACUAAAGAAUAUAACAGCUACACCGUACCAAAUGAAUCCGUAAGGUCGCGGGUCGCGAUGGAUUUUACGGGAUCCGUUGGAAGAAUAGUGGACGAUCCGAAAGAGGCCAAAGCCAUAGCGGUUGCCGAGGGCUACUCCUGGAAGAGAAGAUGGAGACCGACAAUGCGGACGCCCUCGAAUUUGGCGCACGUCAAUGGCAUCGAAUCUGGCGUUCACAUUACACAGCCGUGGUUUCACAGCGGAAUGACUAGGGACCAAGCGACCGCGCUCGUGAAUAAACACGGAACAGUUGAUGGGGUAUUUGUUGUACGUGACAGUCGAUCGAAUCCGGGCUGUUUUGUUCUCACAUACAAGUGUGGUAGCAAGGUACUGCAUGCACAAAUCAAUCCAAUUAUGGAUCCCGUACGAGAGGCUCACGUAUUUUCGUUGGAUAGUGGCGUAACCAAAUUUUAUGAUUUACUUCAGUUAGUCGAAUUUUACCAGCUUAACGCCGGUUGCCUCCCGACACGACUGACACACUACGUAGUGCAAAGUACCAGUCCUAUUAAAGUUCCCAAUAGUGUAACGACACCAGCUAUGGCAGCUGGCAGCUAUUAAUUGAUGUUUCUUAAAACUUCCUUUUUUGAACUUUUAAUAAAUUACCUGUACAGCAGUCAAGUUUGUCCUGAAUGAAUGCAGUGUGCGAAUAGUAUUUUCGUUUGUUAAGCGUUUGUUUGCAAAUUAUACAGUAGGUAUAUCUCCAGUUUACAUUGAUUAGUAGAAUUUUUAAAUACUUGGUAAAUUCAAAGACUAACGAGGUAUACUGUUGACAAUUAUCGAAUAAGAAAAUUAAAUUUAUUUUUUGAAUUUGAUUGUAGGUAUUUAAGAUGUCUCAGUAUUAAUCUCUUUAUUGAACAGGGUGUAUAUUAACGUUAAAUCUCUUUAUCGAAAUAAGAUUUGGUUUAUUAGUUACGGUGCCUUGAAAGUAUUAAACCUUUAUUGUUCAGAGAUACCAAAAUAUACUUGAAGGGCACUUAUAUGGAAAAGGCUGUGGAUAGUGUGGCGUGUAAAAAAAUUAUUUUAAAACUUUUCUAGUAGAAAAUGACAUUAUUUUAAUCUUCUAUUGAAUUACGUUUGUUUAGUUCAUAAAAAUAAAUGUUUAGUUUAAUGUGCUCGAAAUAAUAUUUAAUUAUUAAGUAUUUAUGUUAUAAUAUAGUUUAUUAAACACCAGCUUGGUAAAAUAGUGAAUAUAAACCAAAAAUUUACAUCUAAUCACAUGAAGAAGCAAUACGGAAUAAGUUAUAGUCCUCGUAGAUGUGAUAUAUGUUUAGUCAAAAUUCUAGUUUAUUUUUGAGUUUACGCACUGUCAUAGGGAUAGUUCAAUAACAGUAUUCUUUACAGGUUUGCUUAAACU